GCGGCGGGAUCGCAGGCGGAGGCGCGGAUGGUGGCUUUGUUUCAGUAUCUCGUCUCGCAGUCCAACGCCACUGUGUAUUACCUGCUGUACGACCCCUCCCUCCUAGGCUCGGCGGGGGCGGUAACGACGAGCAGCGACAACGGUGGAGGCUUGACGCUCUUCCGCUGCUCGUCCUCGUCCUCGUCGCUAGUGGCAUGGCUGCGGGGUAUCCAGAAGGCCCUCACGCAAGGUUACAGCCCCGUCACUCAUAAGAAUGUGCUAGUCGCCUGCUCAGCCUCACACACCUCAGAAAUUUUCACUCAGGUUCGCCAGGUGGGCCUAGAAUCGCCCUCCGUUCACUGGUACGUGGUGCUGCAAGAGGAAGGGGCGACGCUCGACUUAUUCUCUGGCCUUCGAGAGGGAACGCAGGUGACGGUGGCGGCGCGCGGCAAGGCGGGCAGUUACCAGGUGCUGUCCUCCUAUAUGGAUAUGCGGGGCGAGACCAAGUUUCAGGAGGCGGGGAGGUGGUCCUGGGGCGACGAAAGAGGCGGCAGUGGCGGCGGCGGUGGUAGGGGCGGCGGGAAGCAGAAGGUGGCGGCGCCGCUGACCCGCCUGGCGUCGCAGCAGUACGGGAACAUGGGCGGGCGGCUGCUGCGGGCGGUGGUGGUGGAGAAUUCGCCCUACUUCAGGCUCAGGAAGUUCCCGGACGGCACGCUCUUCCCCGGCGAUGGAAUUGACGUCAAUCUCCUCAACAUCCUCGCCAACAAACUCAACUUCACGUAUCGGCUGGUGGAGGCGGCGGACGGGCAGUGGGGGGAGGUGCUUCCUAACGGAUGGGUGACGGGCAUGAUCGGGGUGGUGGCGCGACGCGAGGCGGACUUGGCUAUCAAUGAGAUCACCGUCACAGGCAAGAGGGAGCGUGUGGUGGACUUUUCGACGCCUUACUUCGUUGAGGGCACCAUCCUCGUGUCUCCCGCCCCGAAGGAGAAAAACCGUGCCUUCGCUGCCUUCUCCCCGUUUUCCGCACAGGUAUGGGGGACGAUCGUGGUGGUGACGCUGGUGAUGGGCCCCAUGGUGGCGGCGGUGGGGUGGCUACGGCAGCGAUGCAUCGGCACCAGUGGCCUGUCCACGCUGUCCCUCAACACGCUCUCCUUCACCGCCUUCCGCUCCCUCGUGGUACAGGGGAACCUCCUCUUUCCCAACAAUGUCCCGUUGAGAGUUGUCUUCUAUUUUUGGUAUCUGUUCUGCUUCAUUAUUUACGCCAUGUACGCCGGGACGCUGACCGCCGUGCUCGCCUUGCCCGCCUUCACCAAGCCUAUCGAGACCCUCACCGACUUGCUGGAGGCGGCGCGGCGCGGCGACCUUCAACCUGCCGUGGUGGAGGGCACUUCCAACGCCUUCCUCUUUAAGGACGCGGAGGGCGGCAUCUACAAGGAUAUUUGGGAAGUGUUCGACCCCGCCACCGGCUACGCCAAGAACUACGACGGCGGAGUGGACAAGGUGAUGAAUGGCCCCUUCGUCUUCGUCAACGCCAGGCUUGGCUCGGAGGUGCGGGCCGCGGCGAGGGGCGUCCAGAAAUUCUACAUCUCCAGAGACUCGUUCUACCCGCAGAGUUACGCCACGGCCUUCCCUACCGGCUCGCCCAUCAGAGUGGUUGUCAACCCCAUUCUGACGAGCAUCACCGCCUCGGGAGUGAUCGGGAAGUGGAUGAAGGAAGAGGUGCUCAAAGUAACCAAGUCUGUGGAGGAGGAGAAGAACUACGCCAUCACCUUAGUCCACCUACAGGCAGCCUUCUUCAUCCUCCUGCUGGGGUUCCUGGUAGCUACUGCAGCGCUCGUGGCUGAGAAGAUAUACCACCGCUGCACCCUCUAUGGACUAGCUAUGGGUAUGGACGGGCCAGCGCUUCAUUUCCUUCGGUCAGGUUCCUUGCCGCCGCGUGAGGGAAUCAUGUGAAACAGCGACACCACAGCCUAGUAGCAGCAUUUCUUAGCAGAGUCUUAGCAGCUCAGAGUCGUAAACAUACAGGCAGAUAGAUAGACUCGCACCGCACGGCCAUAACAGCGCCCAUAACUGCAACAGCCCCCACGGCAACACCCACCAACACCAGGCCUUCCACUCAUUACUGCCGCCGCGUCUCGUAAAGACUUGCUGUGGUCUUUGUGUUUCCUUCCCGUGUGAGGCGAGGACGCGAGCACUGCGGGGAGUCAACGGCAGGAGUUGAGGGAUGUGAAAUAGACGGACAGCAAGCGAGGAGAACUAGAAUUAUGAAGACGAGGAAGAGAAGACUAAGAUGAGGAUCAGAUAAAAAGGAUAAGAAGGUAAGAAGGAAGAAAAUAAGACGAGAUGAGAAAGAAUGAGAAGGGAAAAGAAGACGAGGAUAAUGAGGAAAAAACAUGAGAGUAAGGAGAAAAAUAACCAGGAAGAUUGAGAAAACAUAAAAUACUAAGACAAGGAUGAGAAGAAAGGGUUAGAGGAAAGGGAGAAAAAGAUGAGAGCGAAGAAAAAAAAGGAGUAGGAGGAAAUGAAAGCAAACGGGGAGGACACAGGAAAAAAAAAAACACAAGAACUACGAAAAGAAAUGUGAUGAUAAGGAGGAAGAGAAAUGACAAGAAAAGUAAAUAAGACGAUGAAGAAGAGGAGGAGGACGAGGAAGACAAGAUAAAGACAUAAGUGGUGGGCGUCACAAUAAUGAUAAUAAUAAUAAUAAUAAUAAUAAUAAUAAUAAUAAUAAUAAUAAUAAUAAUAAUAAUAACGGUGACCUGUAGUGACUAUUUACCAGGUAAGUGACAGAUAGAAACACAAGGUAAACAUGUAAAUUAAUAGAUAAAUAAGACUGACAGGUAGAAACACAAGUUAAUAGGUAAAUUAAUAGAUAUGUAAAAGUGACAGGUGAAAAUAUAGACUGGUAGAGAGACAGAUGGAUAGAUAUGACAGGAAAUAAGCGAAUAUUCGAAGCCUAUAGAGAGCAGAGAUAAAAGAAAUACAAAAUAGAUAAGAAUAGAAGGAUGAUAAUUGAAAGGACAAAGACGGGUAGAACGUAACCAAUAAAAUACUCCUAUAUUAUAGAUACAUAAAAGUUAAAUACAUAUAUAAGCAAACUGACAUUUAGAAUACGUGUUAUUAAUCCUUCAAUGCUGAGUGCUUGACAUAUUAACUAAAAAAAUAAAAAAAAAUAAAUAAAUAAACAAGAAAAAUAAAAUAAAAGAAAAUUGAACGGCUGUGUUAAGUGUGCGACUAAUUCCGAGAUUUUAAUGAUGAAACGUAAUUAAUGAACCUGCUAACUUACUGCCCUUGCUUUAUCAGUGUGUUAAAUGC